GCAUAGAGAUGUGACAGAGGCACUGGCAAAGGAGGAGGAGGGACACAAGCGAUCAGCUGGGAGGAUUACAGCCCUGAACAGUCGGAGGAGAAAGAGGAAAAGGGAAGGUACUGGAGGGGAGAAAAGCCAGCAGGCUGGCAGGCAGCGUGGAGGAAAAAAUAUCAAGUGAACGAUCACCGCGUUGUAAAGGGGUCCCCAGUCGAGUGGCGCAUAAAUUGGUAUCCAACCAGAUCCCAUAGAUCGCAAGGAAUGAAGAUCCAGGAGAUCGCCCUCCGUGCAUGGUGAAUAUCAAGCUCCACACUGCAUAUAGCUGCAAAGGAACUGCACAGGAAAAGGGCAGCCCUAUAAUAAUCUAUCGGGUGAUCAGCAAAAAAAAAAAUCCUUUUGCAAACAGGUGCUGGGAAAUUCCUAGAAAUAAUGGAUUUAAUCCUAGAAUAUUAUUUAUUGUGGGUCCUCUAACCACCAUGUAUAAAAAUAAUGAGUAUAGAUUAUAGGGAUUACUUCUGUGUGUUUGAUGGGAAAAAAAUCGUAUUUUUCUAUAAUCUGUAAAAACGAUAAAUCACAAUUCAAGACCAGGGAGAAAUGAAGGACUGCCUUGAUUUGCUUCAUGUUUGUUUUUAAAAGGACUUGGGCAAAUUUCCCCUAUGACAGCUGUCUGAAGCAGCCUAUUUAUAUGGAUUUGGGGGUUGCCAUUCUUGGAAUGAAGACUGACUAAUACAGGUAACCUCUGUAUAAUACAUAACAGAGGAGGGCCCUUCUAAUAAAGAGGGGGCUGCACGAGAAGGCCCCAGAAUCUGACCAGUCUACCCCCCUCCCUUACAAUAUGGCUGUUGCUGGAAUUGGGGGGUUUAGAGAUCAGAGGCUUUCAGGUUUCCCUUGGUCUUCCUGUUAGCAAUGGCAAGUGGCAAUAAAUCCCAAAGCAUCUUAAGCAGCAUCAACUUAACCAUGAGCAACAUCAACAACAAUAACCAACACCCAGUAGACAUGCCUGUGUCCAAAGAUGACUUUAUUAUUCCAGUCGCCAUGGAGGUGACAUGUGACAGCCGGGGACAGCCUAUGUGGUGGGCAUUUCUGGCUUCUUCUAUGGUAACAUUUUUUGGGGGACUCUUCAUUAUCUUGGUGUGGAGGACCCUCAAGUAUCUAUGGACCGUCUGUUGCCACUGUGGGGGCAAAAAUAAGGAAGCACAGAAAGUCACAACUGCCCCCAUCAUCCAGGCUGAUGGGGAAUACAAACCAGCUGAUGACAAGGAUGAAGCUGUGGUGGCAGCCGCCGAGGUGGGAUGGAUGACAUCUGUAAAAGACUGGGCUGGUGUAAUGAUUUCCGCCCAGACGUUAACAGGAAGAGUGCUGGUGGUAACUGUCUUCGCUUUGAGCAUUGGAGCCCUGGUCAUAUAUUUCAUAGAUUCCUCCAACCCUAUAGAAUCCUGCCAAAACUUCUAUAAAGAUUUCACGCUGCAGAUAGACAUGGCCUUUAACAUCUUCUUUCUGCUGUAUUUUGGCCUACGGUUUAUAGCUGCAAAUGACAAGCUGUGGUUCUGGCUGGAGGUCAAUUCGGUUGUGGAUUUCUUUACCAUUCCUCCCGUCUUUGUGUCGGUUUAUUUAAGCAGGAGCUGGCUAGGUCUGAGGUUUCUUCGAGCGCUGAGACUCAUCCAGUUUUCAGAAAUCCUGCAGUUUUUAAACAUUUUAAAAACAAGUAAUUCCAUUAAGCUGGUUAACCUUUGUUCGAUAUUUAUUAGUACCUGGCUGACAGCUGCUGGAUUUAUCCAUUUGGUGGAGAACUCAGGAGACCCAUGGAAGGAUUUUAAGAACAACCAGGCUUUAACAUACUGGGAAUGUGUUUACCUUCUCAUGGUGACAAUGUCCACUGUGGGAUAUGGAGACGUUUAUGCAAAAACCACUCUUGGGCGCCUAUUCAUGGUCUUCUUCAUUCUCGGCGGUUUGGCCAUGUUUGCCAGCUACGUCCCCGAAAUCAUAGAGUUAAUAGGAAACCGAAAGAAAUAUGGUGGUUCAUAUAGUGCAGUUAGUGGACGGAAGCACAUUGUGGUCUGUGGUCACAUUACUUUAGAAAGUGUGUCAAACUUCCUAAAGGACUUCCUGCAUAAGGACCGGGAUGACGUGAAUGUGGAGAUCGUAUUCCUGCACAACAUCUCCCCAAACUUGGAGCUAGAAGCUCUCUUCAAGAGACACUUUACUCAGGUAGAAUUUUACCAGGGCUCAGUGCUGAAUCCCCAUGACCUGGCCAGAGUUAAGAUUGAGUCAGCAGAUGCUUGCCUGAUUCUGGCUAACAAAUACUGUGCAGAUCCUGAUGCUGAAGAUGCUUCCAACAUUAUGAGGGUUAUUUCAAUAAAAAAUUAUCACCCGAAGAUUCGGAUCAUAACUCAAAUGCUGCAAUAUCACAACAAGGCCCACCUCCUUAAUAUCCCCAGCUGGAAUUGGAAAGAGGGGGAUGAUGCUAUUUGUCUUGCUGAGCUGAAGCUGGGUUUCAUAGCACAGAGCUGCUUAGCCCAGGGUUUAUCCACCAUGUUGGCUAAUCUAUUUUCCAUGAGGUCCUUUAUCAAGAUUGAGGAGGACACAUGGCAGAAGUAUUAUCUGGAAGGCGUUGCAAAUGAGAUGUAUACAGAGUAUCUUUCUACUGCCUUUAUUGGACUGUCGUUCCCGGCGGUGUGUGAGUUGUGCUUUGUGAAGCUGAAGCUGUUGAUGAUAGCUAUAGAAUACAAAUCGGAGAAAGGCGAGAGCAGGAUUAUAAUAAAUCCGGGUAAUCAUGUGAAGAUUAAAGAAGGCACCCUAGGAUUUUUUAUUGCAAGCGACGCCAAAGAAGUGAAACGGGCAUAUUUUUACUGUAAAGCCUGUCAUGAUGACAUCACCGACCCCAAGAGGAUCAAGAAAUGCGCCUGCAAGCGACCCACAAGGGAAGAAAUUAGAUUAAAAGUCAAAAGAUUGUCCCUUCAGCCCCAGACUACCACAGCUAACUCUGUUCCAAGCUCUAAACUCCACCCAGAGCGCCUGGAGUCAAUUCCACUUGUAAACAAUCGUAAAGGAAGUCUGUUCAUACCCAGCAAUCCUUCCCUGCUGCCCUUGCCGUUUCUGGGCACCUCGGACACAAGGUGUUCUGCCAGCCUCAGGUUGCAGCGGGCACUAAGUCUGCCUGGCAAAUACAGCUACCACCCUAAGAAGCCUGAGUUCAUCCAGGAGUUAUUUGAAGAUGAGCAACCAUCUGCAUUGUCACCAAAAAAGAAGCAACGGAACGGAGGCAUGAGACAUUCACCAAACUCCUCACCAAAUAUUAGGCAUGACCCGCUGCUUAUGUCUGCGAAUGACCAGAUAGAUAAUAUGGACUCGAGUAGUGUGAAGAAAUAUGAUUCCACUGGCAUGUUUCACUGGUGUCCAGGCAAAGAAAUGGAGAAAGUUCUUCUGACUCGUAGUGAAGCUGCCAUGAUGGUUCUGAGUGGCCAUGUUGUUGUGUGUAUUUUUGGCGAUGUGUCAUCCGCUCUCAUUGGUCUUCGUAAUCUGGUGAUGCCUCUGAGGGCCAGCAAUUUUCAUUAUCAUGAAUUAAAGCCUAUAGUCUUUGUGGGAUCAUUGGAAUAUCUCAAGAGGGAAUGGGAAACGCUGCACAACUUUCCCAAAGUUUCCAUUUUGCCAGGUACGCCAUUAAGCCGAGCAGAUUUAAGGGCUGUCAACAUUAACCUGUGUGACAUGUGCGUUAUCCUGUCAGCCAAUCAGAAUAAUAUUGAUGAUACAUCACUGCAGGACAAGGAAUGUAUUUUGGCAUCUCUCAACAUCAAAUCCAUGCAGUUUGAUGACAGCAUUGGGGUCUUGCAAGCUAACUCUCAAGGGUUUACACCACCUGGAAUGGACCGAACGUCACCUGACAACAGCCCGGUACACGGGCUUGCACGGCAGGCAUCCAUUACCACUGGAGCCAACAUUCCCAUAAUAACAGAGCUUGUGAACGACUCAAACGUUCAGUUCUUGGAUCAAGACGAUGAUGAUGACCCAGACACAGAGCUCUACUUAACCCAACCGUUUGCCUGUGGUACCGCAUUUGCCGUUAGCGUGCUGGACUCCCUCAUGAGUGCGACAUAUUUUAAUGAUAACAUCUUAACCCUAAUCAGAACGCUGGUGACAGGAGGAGCGACGCCAGAGCUUGAAUCUCUCAUUGCAGAAGAGAAUGCCUUGCGCGGUGGCUAUAGCACCCCACAAACUCUGGCAAAUAGGGACCGCUGCCGGGUAGCUCAGCUAGCCCUGUAUGAUGGCCCAUUUGCUGAUUUAGGGGACGGUGGCUGCUAUGGAGAUCUGUACUGUAAAGCCUUGAAAACGUACAAUAUGUUGUGCUUUGGGAUAUACCGACUCCGAGAUGCACACAUGAGCACACCCAGCCAGUGUACCAAAAGGUACGUCAUCACAAACCCACCAUAUGAAUUUGAGCUGGUGCCCACGGACCUCAUCUUCUGUUUGAUGCAGUUUGACCACAAUGCCAGUCAGUCACGAGCCAGUUUGUCCCACUCGUCUCACUCUUCACAUUCAUCUAGUAAAAAGAGCUCAUCUGUUCACUCAAUCCCAGCUUCAGCCAACCGUCAGAACCGAGCUAAAGCUCGCGACACAAGAGACAAACAGAAGUACGUGCUGGAGGACAGACUGUAAUCAGGGACACAAUGUUGGGUAGAGGGGUGAGGAGGACAGAGAGACCUUUCUCAGUAUAAUAAAGCCCAGUUUAGCACUUACACGGCCAGAGGAACAACUCUUUGGCAGAGAAUGGAUUUUUACCCAUUAUGUUAUGAUCUAAAGUGGCUACUGUGUAAAUGCAGGCUUAGGGAGAGAGGAGGAGAUAUUAUGUCAGCUUGAAUAAGUUUGGAUAUUCAGAAAAAAGGUCAGCAAAAAGAUAUAGCAUGAAGCAGACAUUGCUAGUGCUAGUGUUCCAAUGGGUUUGGAGUGAGUGUAUUGGAAAGUUAGAUAUAUGGUUUGGUAUAUUGAGUUGCUGCUUAGGUGAACGAUCUUCUAUUAAUGUAUUAUGGCAGCAACAAAGCUCCUCUAGUAGAAUAGCCACUUAAAUAGCAAAAUACGCAAACUAGCAGACUGUGGUACACUUAACUCCUUUGCUACCAGACUACAUUGUGAAAUAUUGCUUUUGAGAGUUAUUGGCAGCAAAGUGGUUAAAACUUGUAGCCUUAAAGUGUGACUUGUCUCCAACUUGUAUGUCCAUCCCUCAUCCCCUUGCUGACAGUUCUGCCCUCCCUGCCUCAUGUCCACCUCAUGUCCUUGCUCUUUUUUUAUUUUGGUCACUAGUGCAUGGCAUUUGCUAUCUAUUGACCUCUACAAGACCAAAGGUAAUGACUAAUGAAAUAGUUAAAAGUGACUCUGAAAUCUAUUUGUGCGGCCUUCUCAUUUUCAACAUAGUAUCAUUAAGUAUCUGUCUUAGCAGAUCCCAAAUGUGUAAGUUACAGGCCUUGGGUUGUUGGAACUCUUCUUGAGUAACUAAACGUGUGCUAGCUAAUGUUUGGUGGAAUCGUGUUCAGGAAUAGCACAAACAUCAUGCAGAAAUGAUCUUACAGUUUAAAUGUAAAGAAGGCCAUAUUUAUGUGUUAUGUCAUAGGAACAACUAACUACACACAUAUUUUUCACUCAAGCUUCUGCAUGAACACAGCCUACUGUAUAUGGACCAUAAUCUCUUCAGAUCCUCAUUGCUUCCAGACUGACUUGUACAGGACAUCAUAGCCUGUGCUACUUACAACAAGACGUUAUAUAGUCCCAGAGAUUAUUUUUAUAUAUAGCUGUAUAAUCUUUUAUAUUCCAGAUAGGUGAGCCUGUAGGAAUAUAAAUAUAGACAAGAUGUUACAAAGUUUCGACAUGACUUUGCUACUGAUAAAAUGCAUUCAAAUCUGUUGAAGGUCAAGGAGUCUAGUCUGUCCUGAAAUCUGACAUUUGCCUGACUAAUUGAAAGUGUCUUCCUUUAUAGAUGCUCUUAGGCAAAAUUCAUUAUACCUUUGUUUGUUGUGCUGUAGAAGGACGCUAGCCUCAUGGGUAAUGUGUCCUGAUACAGAAACAAGAAUUCUAAUAAUAUAGUUAGCACAGGAUUUAUAGAUGGUUAGACCCCUUACCCAGUAAAUUAAAAAAACGUAUAAGGGAGGAGCGCAAGAUUAGUAAAAAAUAUAAAUGUUGAUGGAGUACAUAGACUAAAUGCUUGUCAUUUAUGGAAACAGAUUGUAAAGAGACUGUUAAUGUACACGGUACAUACAUGUAAUUUAAAUCAUCAUUGUAAAUGAGUCUUUGCAAUACAUCAGAGAAAUAUUUAACCUGCAUAUGUUGCUAUUUCACUGAUAAAUGCUAGACCAGGUUAAACGUCAGGUUUACACCAAUAUUUUUAAAAGAGUGAAGAAAUUAAGACAAAGAGGCUGAUUUAUCAAGGGCCGAAUGGCUCCUGAUGCCCCUGUUUCCGCAUGCCGGAAACAGCAGUUAUGAAGCAGCGGUCUUAUGACCGCUGCUCCAUAACUGGUCCGCUACCUCUGAGGCUUUGGUCUGCAAUCCACCUGAUCCUGUACGAUCGGGUUGAUUGACACCCCCUGCUAGCGGCUGAUUGGCUGCAAAUCUGCAGGGUGGGGCAUUGCACAACUUCCACAAGAAGUUCACCAGAACUGCUUGAGCAAUAUUAAAUGCAGACAGUGAUGGAUAUUUAUCAAGCCAUCAACGGAAAAUACGCUGGAAUUCCGCAGCGUAAUUGCGGCGAUCCUGAUUCGACCUAGUUAUCAAAGCCUACAGACCGGCAAAAGUUGAAAUUUGUGACAUAACAUACGAUCCGCCGGUCUCAAUCCGACACAGAUCGAUGCUUACGUCAUUACAGAUGUUCGGCACUAUCUGACACCUUUUGCAAGUUAUCAAAUUUCUAACAGGUACGCUCGCCACUAUUCCGGCCCUGCGUACCUGGUUUUCAAUCCGCCACCCUGGAGGCCGCGGAUGCCAUAGGAAUCAAUGGGAGUCUGAAAGCAGCGAAAGCUUAUGUUUGAUGCUGCCAGAUAUCCCAUUGAUUUAUAUGGUAGAAAACCAGUUACAUUUACACCUAACACCCUAACAUAAGCCCCGAGUCUAAACACCCCUAAUCUGCCGCCCGACAUCGCCGCCACUAAAUAAAAGUAUUAACCCCUAUUCUGCCACUCCCGGACCCCACUGCAACUAAAUAAAAAUAUUAACCCCUAUCCCGCCGCUCCCGGACCCCACCGCAACUAAAUAAAUGUAUUAAUCCCCAUCCCGCCGCUCCCAGACCCCACCGCAACUAAAUAAAUGUAUUAACCCCUAUCCCACCGCUCCCGGACCCCACCACAACUAAAUAAAUGUAUUAACCCCUAUCCCGCCGCUCCCGGACCCCGCCACAACUAAAUAAAAGUUAUUAACCCCUAUGUAAUUUUAGUAUAAUAGUUAGGGUAGGUUAUUUAAUAGUUUAAUAUAGUUUAUUUUAAUUCUAAAGGUAAGUUUAAAUUUAUUAUAAAAUAGGAAUGAGGUAAUUAUAAUGUAAAGUUAGCGGCUUGUUAGGUUUAGGGGUUAAUAGCUUAAUUUAGUUUAUGGCGAUGUGGGGGCGGUUUAGGGGUUAAUAGGUUUAGUAAGUGGUAGUGAUGUGGGAGGCCAGGGGUUUAGGGGUUAAUACAUUUAUUUAGUGGCAGUGGGGUCUGGGAGCGGCGGGAUAGGGGUUAAUACAUUUAUUUUGGUGGCGGCGGGGUCCGGGAACGGCAGGAUAGGGGUUAAUAGCUUUAUUAAAGUUGUGAUGGGCUCUGGGAGUGGCGGGAUAUGGGUUAAUAACUUGUUGCGGCGAGGUCCGGGAGCGGCAGGAUAGGGGUUAAACAUUUUAGUAUAGUGGCGGUUUUUAGUGACAGGGUAUAAAUAAAGUUGGGAAAAAGCCGAAUAGCAGCGAGAUCGAUGACUGUUAGUUAACAACAGUCCGCUGCUCAUCGCCCCGUACUUGGUGCACGGCUUUUUGCCAGCUUUUUUUAAUAAAUAUGGCAAUCAUAUUCAGGUCUGCGGCCGCGAUGUUAGGCGAGCGUAUUGGUGCCGGCGAAUGCAGCACAGUUGACAUCUUGAUAAUUCGGCCUCAGUGUAUCAUGUCGGACAGACAAUGAUAAAUCGGCCCCUAUAUCUCUUUCCAUAAAAGCUUAUUAAAAUAAGGCACUUUGUGAAUAGUGUCCAACCAUAUAAUUUUAAUUUUAUAGUAAAAAUAAUAAUAAUAAUUAAGUUAAUCUGAUUGUGUGCCUUAUUGUCAUAGCAAUUUAUCUCAACAUUUGAAUUCUUCUAGUAUUUAAGUCUUAAAUACUGAGAGGAAAUACAGUUAUUAAAAUACAUUUUAUCUACCAGUUCCCUAUUGAAUAAAUAAAGAACCAUUUUUUUAAUACAUUCAGUGUUUACAGAAGGCAGUUACCCUGUACUACCAAUACUUCAUUUUCAAAUUGUAAAUUGGCAUUAGGUUACUCAUAUUUAUUUUAUUAUUAAAUAGGACACUGAGCCCAUCUAGUAACAAGAAAUGUGGCAGUUAAAGAGACAGUCUACUCCAAAAUAUUUAUUGUUUAAAAAGAUAGAUAAUCCCUUUAUUACCCAUUCCCCAGUUUUGCAUAACCAACACAGUUAUAUUAAUAUACUUCUUACCUCUGUGACUACCUUGUAUCUAAGCCUCUGCGAACUGCCCUUGUGUUAAGUAAUUAAUAAAAAAGACAAUGGAAAAUACCUAGAAACAAAGCUAACCAUUUGUUAUUGCUAAAUGUUGCCAAUGGCGAUUCCCCAGCAGGAUUUGUAAGUCUUGGAGAGCUUUGUGUUUCAUUUGAGAAGCAUUGAUGAUGGCUCCUUGUAGUGGGGAUAUGUGUUUCACUAUACUUCACCAAUCUGCCUGCUGAUAAAAAAUACUUACAUACAAAGUAAUGAACAUGUUCCCCAUUUUUGGGAAUAUAUUUAGCGCAUUUAUAUGUGAAUAUUGAAAACUAACUCCUCACUGCAUGGCUGCAUAGAAUAGGGUGAGGCUGCUGUAUAGACAAGGAAUGUGUUUGUAGAACAUACAUAAUGCAGGGAUUUCCAUUCAGAUUUAUCUGAGUGUAGCCCUGCAUUGGGAAUUUCUCAUACCCCCUGUAGAGAGGACAUUUGUCCCCCUUGCUUAGACACAAAUCGUAUGCGAUACAAUGGAGGAAUUUUUAAAGGGGUAAUAAACAUUGUUAUUUUUUAGCACAAUUAUGUAUUAUGCGCACAGUUAGUAUGGGGAGGCAAUGGCCCCUAUUUAUCAUAUUUCAAACAGACAAGCUUCCCGUCGCCCCAGAACCACAGCGAGCGGCAGCAUUCGCUGCGCACAAUUAAGAUUGCACAAGCAAUUGCUUGUGCAGACGCUGAUCUAAUUGGAGUGAUUUAACUCUGUGAUACUUUAGGUAGCGGAGAGUCUAAGUAUCAGCUGUCUUAAGAGUCGCACCAGUAUGAAACAAUAGCUGCCUACACACCUUUAUAAAUUGGGCCUUGUGACUCACCUGCUCUGAAGCCCCUCUUCACUCUUGUUCCCCAAAACAGUCCACCGUUCCCUCUUCAGUGUUUUCCACAGGAAAUUUUGCCAGCCAAGUGGCAUUAAGAAGUAGCCCGGUGGUAGUGUAAUCCUUUGCAAUAUAACGUUUUCUGUUAUUUAUAAGUGUUAGUUUAACUUAAAUUGCUAUAAUGAUAAUUUGUAGAUCAAACAUGGAAAAAAAAUAUUAGUUCAUUGUAGCUUAUUAUUCUCUUAAAUUUUAGUCGGGUGGUCAGUAAAAUCAGGGGGGUGAUGUGUCCUUUAAAUAGGUCCUAUGGAGACCUCUGCUCUUCUUAGACCGCCCACCCGUUGCUGCAGUUUUUUUUAAACCAACAUCAUAGGCUUGAUGUCGUCUAAUCACAGCGCACCCAAUAGCGCAGUUCACCUUAAUGUAGCACACUCUCUUGCUACUUUAUCCAGCAUGGGAUCGCUCAACAGUAAAGUGAAGGGCAGCAAACACUGCAGCAGAUGACAGGCAGUAGGAAGAGGGAACUGUGGACUGCUUUGGGGUACAGAACGGAGUUCUACUUUAGAGUAGAGGAGUUUGCACCCCCACUCGUGCAUUAACCCUGCUAGACUUCGGCUUUUUGCACCCGUCGGGUUGCAUGUGUGAUACAAGUUGAAAUUAAAACACUACACACACAAAAAGUCGAACUUUGAAUAUUACGACCACGUUAACGUAUUCCCCAUAGACUUUAAUGGAGCCAAAAAGUGGGAGGGGGGAAAAUAUUACCUUAAUUAACCCACAAACCCGAUCGCAUUAUCUCAAGUGAGCUAACCCGACAUGAAAAUAUGAAUAUUCCACAUUCCAAUGUUUUUCACAUCAAAGAAUAUGCUCUAUUUAUUCAUUAAUACUUAUUUCUAUAUAUAUCUGAUGAUUUUUACUUUAAACUUGCAAUACCGCGCUAAUCCGACACACACAAAGAACAAAGUUUGCGCGUCACUCGUAAUCUUGCCCUAAUUGACCACGUACUGCACAAUAAUGAUAAGAAAAAUGACAGCCUUUAUUGCCCUUGUAACUGCUAAGCUGUAAACACUGAAGAGUAUUUUCAUUAGUUUGAUCGUUUCUAGAUGCUAUGAGAGAAAGAUCUAAUUUAGCUGAAUGUGCAAUACAUUACUCUGGGGAAUUUUAGCCAUUGAUGACUGAUUAUUUGAUCCACCCUGAACUGCAAAUAUGCACUUAUAUCCAGGGGAUGGUCUUUUUUUACAUUGUUUGAGUUAUUACUAUUUAUUUAAACAUUACAAAGGAUAUAUUAUCAUAUAGCAAACAUUUCACUUGCAUCAGUGCCAAUUCUUGUGCCAAACAUUUUAUGCAAAUUCCUCAUGACCAGAGGUUUGUGUCACAGAAGUCUACUAACCAAUAUAUUUCUAAUAAAAAUGUAGUUGUACCCAUGGUUUUGGUCCUGACAUUUAUAAAUAUUUGUUUUCUAAAUCUAUGGGAGCUAUUAAAGAUUUAUACAGCAAAAUAAA